AUGGUCACUUUGCUCCAUGGUACUGUUGGCUCUAUAUUGGGAUUAUACCAAUGUGGUUGUAUACGGAGCAUUGAUUCAAGACAAUUUACAAGAAAGGUGAUGCCGUCUCAAUAUGCACUGAUGCUUUGGUCCUGGGGCUAUUUCGCGUUUGAUUUGUUAUGGUGCUGCAUUUACUGGUCGGAUGCCACCCUAAUGCUGUGUCAUCAUAUAAGCGCUUUAAGCGCUAUAACUAUAUACAUGCAAAAGGUUUAUACGGGCUCCACUUUCGCAUGUACAUUACUCCUGCUAGAAGUAACUAAUCCACUACUUCAAAUGAGAUGGUUUCUUAAACAGGAAGGAUAUGGAAAGACAUCUCUUUGUCUUUUCAUAGAGAUCGUUUAUUUGACAAUGUUUUUAUUACUGCGUGCGAUAUUAGGCACAUACGCAGUGUACCAUGUAUUAAGGUCAAACUAUUUCUGUUGGGAACAAAAGUUGAUUUCUAUAAGUUUGUACGUCGUGUCAUUAGCCUUCAUGUAUGACAUAACGGGAUACAUACUGUAUAAAUACAAAAGGGAAGUAGAUAUUGGUUAUGCGAGAUUUGCUGAAUUUUGGCAAGCGACUUGCCUGACCUUUAAUGAAUGGCAACCCUUAGCAGAAACACAAGAUUUCUCAUUUGAAGGAAAAGGCAAAGAAGUGUUACCAUCCUAG